AUGGACCGACUUAACAACCUCGCCACCCAGCUCGAGCAGAACCCCGCCAAGGGCCUCGACGCUAUCACCUCCAAGAACCCCGAUGACGUUGUCAUCACCGCCGCCUACCGAACUGCCCACACCAAGGGAGGCAAGGGUCUGUUCAAGGACACCUCUUCUUCCGAGCUGCUCGCCUCUCUGCUGGAGGGCCUCGUCAAGGAGUCCAAGAUCGACCCCAAGCUCAUCGGUGAUGUCGUCUGCGGGAACGUUCUCGCUGCCGGUGCCGGUGCCACUGAGCACCGAGCUGCCUGCCUUGUUGCCGGCAUCCCCGAGACCGUUCCCUUCGUCGCUCUCAACCGACAGUGCUCCUCUGGUCUGAUGGCCGUCAACGACGUUGCCAACAAGAUCCGAGCCGGCCAGAUUGACAUUGGUAUCGGCUGUGGUGUCGAGUCCAUGUCCAACCAGUACGGUCCCAACUCCGUCACCCCCUUCUCCAACAAGUUCCAGAACAACGAGGAGGCUAAGAAGUGCCUGAUCCCCAUGGGUAUCACUUCCGAGAACGUUGCCGCCAAGUACAACGUGUCCCGAAAGGCCCAGGACGCCUUUGCUGCCAAGUCCUACGAGAAGGCCGCCGCUGCCCAGGCCGCCGGCAAGUUCGACCAGGAGAUCCUCCCCAUCAAGACCACUGUUCUCGAUGAUGAUGACAACGAGAAGGAGGUUACCGUCAACAAGGACGACGGUAUCCGACCUGGUGUCACCGCCGAGAAGCUCGGCAAGCUCAAGCCUGCUUUCUCCGCCGAGGGAACCACCCACGCUGGUAACGCCUCUCAGAUCUCCGACGGUGCCGGAGCCGUUCUCCUCAUGCGACGAUCUGUUGCCGAGAAGCUUGGCCAGCCCAUCCUUGCCAAGUUUGUCCACUGCAAGACCGUCGGUGUUCCCCCCGAGCUCAUGGGAAUUGGCCCCGCUUACGCCAUUCCUGCUGUCCUUGAGGACCUUGGUCUGACCGUCAACGACGUUGACGUUUUCGAGAUCAACGAGGCUUUCGCUUCCCAGGCUCUGUUCUCCAUCCAGCAUUGUGGAAUCGACGAGUCCAAGGUCAACCCCCGAGGUGGUGCCAUUGCUAUUGGCCACCCUCUGGGAGCCACCGGUGCUCGACAGUUUGCCACUCUGCUCUCCGAGCUUAAGGAGUCUGGCAAGAAGGUCGGUGUCACCUCCAUGUGCAUUGGUACCGGUAUGGGUGCCGCUUCUCUGGUUGUUGCCGAGUAA